GGAGAGUGAGGUGUCACAACCACUGAAACUAACUAAACUGAAAAUGGCGCUAAUACUUCACCCACCGCCAUCUUCAUCUUCAUCGUUUACCACCAAUAAACCCAAUCCCCUCUUCCACGCACCUCUCCGCCCCAAAUUCCGCAUCAAAUUCCAGCUGGAAGAAGAAACCCCUUCGACCCAAUCUACAGAGAAACCUCCGGGUUCGGGAUUCGGCGCCUUGGCAAAGAAGAAGCAGUCGAAAGGGAAGAGGGAGAGGGCGUCGAUUAUCCGCAGAGAGCCGCUGGAGAAGCCGAGCUUCGUGUCGGCGCAGGAGGCGGCUCGUGUGGAGGAGCUGAGCAAGAACGAGAACGCUUUCCUGCUUGCUUGGUCGGGUCUCGGCGCGAUUAUUCUGGUCCAGGGCAUUGCUCUUGCUGCUUCAGGUUUUCUACCAGAAGCAUGGGAUGGCUUCUUGGUCAAGUACCUCUACCCGUCCUUCACUCCUACCGUCUUCUUGUUUGUUGCUGGGACCGUUGUAUAUGGUGUUUCAAAGUAUUUGCAGAACGAGAAAUCUGAAAGUGAAAACUGAACCUCAAUCGGUUGGAAGCCAAUUGCUGUUGCUAUCGGGCCAUUAUAACCGGUUAGUUCUCGGCUGUUCAUAGCUCGUAGUGCUCGUCUCCGGAAAUUCAUAGUGACAUUUCAAGAAACAGUCAUAUAUGAGAGCAUUUUUAUCUAAUUGUGAUGAAUUUAUGCUUAAUUGCCCUUCUACUGUGAUAUGCAAUUCGAUUUACCCUA